AUGGUGGACCAGAUGAUUCAGGGCCAGCUCGGCUCACUAACCCACUCCACGCCAUCUGCUCCGAGCUGGGAAGCCAAGCACGAGGUGGACCGCAUGGAGGAGGGAAAGAAGCCGGAAGAGCUCGUACCGAUGUAUGUGGAAGGACGAUCUGUGCAGGCGAGCAGCUUCGGAAGCAUCUGGAGUCGCCACCGCGGCCCGGUUCUGGUCGGAGCAUUGCUUUUGCUAAGCCUUGUCGUGCUCCUCGGAUCAUCCUUGGGGAGAAGCACUGAAGAGGGAGGGAGCAGCAGCGCUGCCAUGAAGACCAUGGACAUGCCAGCCAGUCAUGGGACUCAUUUGGAACCUGCAGACGGGUCCACACCCACAGCCCCCGACACCGCUGCUGCCGAUGUAGCGACUUCGCCGGAACCCAUGAAUGUAGAUGCAGCAGCAGCAGCGGCCCAGCCGGCAGCGGCAGAGGUGGUGGAAGAGGCGAUGCCGAAUGCAACGGAGGAUGCGGGUGGCAAUCAGACGGGGACGCAGACAGCUUCGGAUCAAGCCAUGGCAAGCUACAAAGCAUCGUGCCCCACCUUGCUCAAGCUUCAUGGGGCAUGUGACUAUGACUUGUCCAUUGAUGAUCGAAGUCUGGAUCCCCAGACUUUCGUUCGAAACGUGUGUCCGGCAGAGUGUGAAGUUGUGGACAGGUAUCGCAAGAUGUGUCCUUCUUUGCUGAAGCUUGACGGAGGUUGCGCCCAUGAUCUUUCGGUGGAGGAGGAUAUCCUGCCUCGCGGCACGUAUGUGCGUCUAGUCUGCCCCGAGAGAUGUACGAUCCCAACCACCACCACAGCUUCCACCACUGUUCCGACAGAGACUACCAGCCAGGAGUUGCGAACAUCGGCAACAUCCACCAUAGCACCAACAUCGGCAUCCUUGUUUGCAGGUGGCCUGGCACCAGGGCCAGAGCGGGCGCAGAUAUCGCAGCCAGAGAUACAGAUCCCAGGCAAGGCGCAUCCUUCCAGGUGGCUGGGUUAUGUGGCCGGGUUGGGCACAACAGCAGCAUGGGUAGCCCUGUGCAUACGUGAGCAACGAGCUUCGCCCCUGUCUCGCUCAGCCCUGCCAAGCUGA